GGGACUGGUGCCUCUCGUUCCCAGCUCUUCAUGCUGCUUGGCCCCCUGAGUGGAGCACCAUGGGCACGGGGGACUUUCUCUGCAUCUCCAUGACUGGAGGGGCUCCCUGGGGCUUCCGCCUGCAAGGUGGCAAGGAGCAGAACCAACCUCUACAAGUGGCCAAGAUUCGUGGCAAGAGCAAAGCUUCGUGGUCUGGUCUACAUGAAGGGGAUGAAGUGGUCUCUAUCAAUGGCACCCCAUGUGCGGAUCUCACCUACUCAGAAGUCAUCAAACUUAUGGAAAGCAUCACUGAUUCUCUCCAAAUGCUCAUCAAAAGACCAUCCAGUGGAAUAAAUGAAAACUUCAUCCCUGAAACUGCAAACAAAGAUCACGAACACUUUGUACAUGAGGACCACGUGGAGAGAACCAGCCUGCAAAUUUGCCCGCCCCGCACCCAGGACCAGAGGGCAUUUCCCGGCCAGAAAGAUGAAAAGAGUGCUGAGGAUUGCUCAGGAGAGACCAAACCAAGCUCCCAGAUAGCUCUGCAGGUCCCAAGAAGACCCUGGACAGAGCCGAUAGUCUUGGGAGAGACAGAAGAAGCCAGGCCAGGAGCCGUGGUGGAGCUGCAGUUGUCUCUCUCGCAGGACAGACACAAGGACCCUGGGGCUUUGGUGGGGACUGUCCCGGGAGGAGCCGAAAACCACCCCUCCCCUGACCCUGACCCUCACCAGCUGCAGGGAGGGUUUGGCCAAGGACCGUCUGCCUUCUCUGAUGAGAAAGAGGAUUCUGGUCAGGGGCCCAGUGACAAGUUAAUUCAGCUCUCUAGUGGCAGAGAGCUGCAAAUUACCCAGGGGAGAGAGGCGGGAGCCCCCCACCUCUCCAGGGCUGAAGUGAUCAUCAACUACUCCUACGACAGAGAGAAGGCAGAAGGGUCCAACUGGGCAGGAAGAAAGGGGUGUGGUGAUUUUCAAGUGGAAGGAGGGCGGGCCGAAGCACCUCCUUCUGUGGUCUCCUUUCCCCUCUCCUCCGAAGGCACUGAGCAGGGAGAAGAUCAACAGAUCUCAGAAAGGGAUCACCGGAGGCCCCACAAGCACCGAGCCCGGCACGCCCGGUUCCGCCGGAGCGAAAGCUUGUCAGAGAAGCAGGUGAAGGAAGCCAAGUCCAAGUGUAAGAGCAUCGCCCUCCUCCUCACAAAUGCCCUCAACCCCAACUCCAAGGGGGUUUUGAUGUUUAAGAAACGCCGCCGGAGGGCGAAGAAGUAUACCCUGAUCAGUUACGGCACCGGAGAGCUGCAGAGGGAAGCAGACACCGAAGAAGACAGCGAAAAAGACGGGGCUGUGGAAGUUAAGUUCACCAGCGAGUCGGAGGUAGAUGAAGAGAUCGUCUCAGACGCUGACGACGACGAAGACGACGAAGACACCCCAGUGUGGUCCUCGGACUGGGACUCUGGACUGGUAGACGUUGAGAAGAAGCUGAAAAGUGGAGAUAGGAUGCAGAUGCUGCCAGACAGCUCGGGGAAGGGCGUCCUCAUGUUCGCCAAGAGGAGGGAGAGGAUGGACCAGAUCACAGCUCAGCAAGAGGAGGGGAAGGCUGAGGGAGUGCCCCGCGGGGAACUGGAGGAUGGCCACGCAGAUGGGCUGAGAACAGUCACUUCCUACCAGAGGAGAGGAGAAGAAAGCAUGAGAAUGCAGAGUAACUUGUGUAAAAGCUACCUGGAAGGAAGCCACACAGUUCAACAGAACGGGUUCAGUGGAGCCCCCGAGAUGCCAGAGGCGCACAGAUUGGCUGCCUCCAACAGGACAGCCAAGCCCUUCCCAGGAUCCAUGAACCAGACGGCAGUGCCAUAUUCCCCUACCAGAAACCUAGCGAGUCCUCUGUACGACUUCCCUGCCCCACCCCCUUACUCUGCAGUCACCCCUCCUCCAGAAGGAUUGUCCAGAGGGGUGAGCAGCCCCUUGGCUGCCCCAGCACAACCACCUCCAUGGCCCCAGCCAGCCCCGUGGGCCCAGCAGGCUUUUUAUGAGCCAACGGAACAGAUCGCUUCGCGAGAUGAGAGGAUUGCCGUGCCAGCCAAGAGAACGGGCAUACUGCAGGAGGCCAGGCGGAGGGGCACGUCGAAGCCCAUGUUUACCUUCAAAGAGGCACCCAAGGUCAGCCCUAACCCCGAACUGCUGUCACUCGUGCAAAAUGCGGAGGGCAAGCGAGGGACCGGGACCGGGUUUGAGUCCGGACCCGAAGAAGACUACCUCAGCCUUGGAGCCGAGGCUUGCAAUUUCAUGCAGGGCCACUCUUCUAAGCAGAAGACCCCGCCUCCUGUCGCCCCCAAGCCCUCCGCCAAGCCCGCCCCCUCUCAGCCAGUCACUCCCGGCUCCCCAGUCUGGUCUCCGUCAGCACUAGCUCCUAGCCAGCCUCCUGCGUUCCCGGUGUCCAAUCAGUCCCAGGGAGUAGUCGCAUCUGCCAUCAAAAUAGCUCGGCCUGCUUCCACCCCCUACCAGCCCCCCAGUACUCCCAACGUGGCCGGUCCCUUCAAAGGACCUCAAGCGGCAGUGGCCAGUGUGAACUACGCGCCGAAGGUGAUGCCCACAGGAAACGCUCCGCCAGUCUCUGGGGCGGGCCCAGCCAGCGAGCUGCCCCAAAUGAGCGGCAAAGGGGCCCAGCUCUUCGCUAAGAGGCAGUCUCGGAUGGAGAAGUACGUGGUAGACUCCGAAAAAGUCCAGGCCCACAUGGCGCGGGCCCAGUCUCCCACUCCAUCUUUGCCAGCCUCCUGGAAAUACUCCUCCAAUGUUCGAGCCCCGCCACCAGUUGCUUACAAUCCGAUCCACUCUCCAGCCUACCCUCCGGCUGCAAUGAAGCAACAGCCUGGAGCUGCCGCCACCUCCAAACCGAGCAAGAAAAAGGGGAAGAAGCCUCUCAACGCUUUGGAUGUCAUGAAACACCAACCGUAUCAGCUCAACGCAUCUCUAUUUACUUUCCAACCUCCGGAUGCCAAGGACGGCCCAGUCCCAAAGCCACCGACCAAGCUUGGGCCAGUCCCAGUCUUGAAGCCAGCUCCUCCUUCCUCCCAGCCGGUCAACGCUAGCUCACCCACCACCUUCCGGGCUUCCUCCGUGUGCUCUGUGCCAGCCUACAGUUCUCAGGCUACCUUCUACUCAGAGGCCGCUGCCACGCCAGUUAGCCCGUCCCCGGUGCCCGUAGGCCUGCCCACCUCUCCCAAGCCUGAGUCCGCACCCGCGACUUACUUUGUGGCUCCGAGGCCCAAGUUCUCAGCCAAGAAAAGCGGCGUCACAGUUCAGGAUGGUGGACAGUUCUUACCACGUUUUAGAAGACCUGUUGGAGCCACCAUAUCUCCCACUUCUCCUCUGAUGUUCCAGCAUUCCUAUAGUUACCCCAGCAAACCAGCAGGUGAGCCUGCAAAAGUCAACAAGAGACUCACACCUUGGGAGGCAGCUGCUAAGUCUCCUCUUGGUCUUGUGGAUGAUGCUUUUGGCCCCAGAAAUAUCCAGGAAUCUAUUGUGGCCAAUGUAGUCUCUGCUGCCCAGAGGAAAAGCUUGCCAGAGCCACUUGAGGACUGGAAACUAAGAGUUUCCUAUGCACCCCAGGCUCAGAAGGCAAAUCUUGGCCCACUCCAUAGGAGAGAGAAUGGCAUCCUCAAUCCACCAAAGAGCACCAUGGCAACAGCUUAUGCCAACAGCCAGUAUGACGCCCCAUUGCCAUAUUCCACCUAUUACAGGAUGCCCUCUAGAACUGGCUGUGAGAGGAUGGCCUUGGAGACCAAGUCUGAGUAUGGCUUCUCCUUCAGCGAUGGCAACUACAAUCCACACCCAAGAGGAUGGAAGCGUGAGACCUGAGAUUUUCCUGCAGUAGAGAAAUCCUCCCUUUCUGUGCUUACCAUCCGCCAGUUCUAAUAGCUAAGCCAUGGAACAAAUCAAGUGAUCUCUUCUUGAUCCAACCAAUUCUGUAGGACAUGGCCA